AUGAUUGUGCUUGCCGUUGCCUACCGCCUCUCACCUCUGCAUCCCCUCUGGCGCUUCCCUGGUCCCUUCCUCUACAAGGUUACGUCGUUGAAGGCCAUGCACAUGGUGUCGACCGGUCACCGUUACCUGAUCAUCAAGGACCUGCAUAAGAAGUACGGAAAAUUCGUGCGAACCGGUCCCAACACACUCUCCAUUGCUUCUAAUGAAGCUAUCCACCCGAUUUAUACCACCGCACAGAGCAUGAACAAGAGUAUGGCGUACCGACCGGGGCGUGCCCCCGUUGGGGGAUUGUUCUUCACCCCUUCGAGAGAAAUGCACAACAUUCGCAGGAAGGCGUGGGCUGGUGCUUUCAUUGCCAAGUCGCUUCCCAAGCUUCUCGCUGUCGUUGAUAAGCGGACGAAGCAGAUGAUCAAGGUCAUGGACAAGCGACGCGGUCCUGAUGGUGUCAUUGACAUGUCUGAGAUAAUCCGUCACUGGGCGUAUGAUUUGAUGGUCACGAAAUGGUUCCUCUUUAGUGUUUCUGAACUUAUGGCUAACGGUGACCCGGAGGAUGUUUCUGAGAAUGCUCAAAACGCCACAGUUGUCUUCGAAGUUCUCGGUGAAGCCCCUUCCAUCUUCGACAUUGCAUGGAACUUGCCUGCUUCUGAUGAAUUCCACGUUCUGGAAAGGACUGCCACGAAGCUCAUGGAUGUCCGUAAACACAUCACUGGUGAUGAUAUUGCCUCGUACUUGGCGAGUUAUUUUCUUUUGGGCGCUGGUGGCGAGCGUCUCGGUGAUGAAGACCUCAAUAUUGACUCUGCCUUUGCUAUUGCUGCCGGAUCCGACACUACCGGUGGAACGCUAACGAUACUUCUCUUCUACCUCCUCCGUGACCGCACCGUCUACAAGAAACUCCGUGAUGAACUUGAUGCUCACUUUAACAGCGUCGAUGAGAUUGACGACCCCAAAGCACUCCUCGAUCUACCCUACCUCUAUGGUGUCGUCUGGGAAGGUUUGCGCCUUGGCACACCGUUCGGUGGUCUACCUCGUGUCGUGGGCGAGGGAGGAUCGAUGAUUGAUGGUGAAUUCGUCCCCGAGGACAUCAUAGUGUCGGUUCCCCCAUACACCCAACAGACCGACCCGGAAAACUUCUACCCCAUGCCGAUGGAAUUCUUGCCUGAGAGAUGGCAGCCCGAAGGUCUCGGUCCGGCGACCAUCACGAAGAAGAACGCCAUGCUGUGUUUCUCCUACGGUGCAUUCAGUUGCCUCGGCAAGGUCUUUGCUAACCAGGAACUUCACCUCACUGUGGCCAAGCUAAUGGUAGCCUAUGAUAUGGACCUCCCGAAGUCGUUUGAUCAGCAGAAGUUCAUGGAUGGUAUUCUUAACAUGCGCACGACACUCUUUAACUAUCCUCUGGCUAUCACGGCGACUCCCCGGAACUUGUAA